AUGUCGCCCCCGAACGGAAUCGAUCUGGAGGACGACCCGCUGAUGCAGCACCUCUUGAAACGGAAGAAGCGGCUGGAGGAGUUGGAGGAAUACAAUGGACUCGAGGCGCUGCUGAAGAAGAAACGCGCCGUCCGGGAGGAGGCCAAGCGCACGCCCGCGCUGAGGACGUCGACCGACUUGGACUUCGACGAUGACAUCGAGGCCAGCGACCCCGCCGAGAAGCCGACGCAGCAGGAGAAUGCGCAGUCCAACGUGGGAGAGGAGGAUGUGACCGACCGAUGGGCGCGCAAGUCGAAGCGAGGCAGGAGGAGAGCCAGGUCCGCCAUGCGUAGAAGAGCCCUCAAGGCGCAACAACAGCAGCAAGAACAACCCAUCGUCCAGGGUGCUCGAUGA